AAAUGGCCCAGCUGAAUAGCUAUGACAGCCCAGACACUCCUGAGACAGAUGAUUCAGUUGAGAGCCGUGGGGCCUCUGUCCAGUCAAAGAAAACUCCAUCUGAAGAAGAGUUUGAAACCAUUAAACUAAUUAGUAAUGGUGCUUAUGGAGCGGUGUAUUUGGUGCGACACAAGACCACCCGUCAACGUUUUGCCAUGAAGAAGAUCAACAAACAGAACCUAAUUUUGAGAAACCAGAUCCAGCAGGCCUUUGUGGAGAGAGAUAUCUUGACGUUUGCUGAGAACCCCUUUGUGGUCAGCAUGUUCUGCUCCUUUGAGACCAAGCGCCACCUGUGCAUGGUUAUGGAGUAUGUGGAAGGAGGUGAUUGUGCUACACUACUCAAGAACAUUGGUGCCCUACCUGUUGAUAUGGCAAGGAUGUAUUUUGCUGAGACUGUUCUGGCAUUGGAGUACCUACAUAAUUAUGGGAUUGUUCAUCGUGACCUAAAACCUGAUAAUCUCCUGAUAACUUCCAUGGGUCACAUUAAGCUAACAGACUUUGGACUGUCUAAAAUUGGGUUAAUGAGUCUUACAACUAAUCUUUAUGAGGGACACAUUGAGAAAGAUACCAGGGAAUUCCUGGACAAGCAGGUCUGUGGGACUCCAGAAUACAUAGCACCAGAAGUGAUCCUGCGCCAGGGCUAUGGGAAGCCCGUGGACUGGUGGGCCAUGGGAAUUAUCCUGUACGAGUUUCUAGUUGGCUGUGUUCCUUUCUUUGGGGACACACCCGAAGAGCUGUUUGGACAAGUGAUCAGUGAUGAAAUUGCCUGGCCAGAAGGUGAUGAUGCACUGCCACCGGAUGCCCAGGACCUCAUUUCUAAGCUUCUCCGCCAAAAUCCUCUGGAAAGAAUGGGAACAGGUAGUGCCUUUGAAGUGAAACAGCAUCGGUUCUUUAAAGAUCUGGACUGGAAUGGAUUACUUCGGCAGAAAGCUGAAUUCAUCCCACAGUUGGAAUCUGAGGAUGACACAAGCUAUUUUGACACACGUUCAGAACGGUACCAACACCUGGAUUCGGAAGAAGAGGAGGACACUAAUGAUGAUGAUCAUGUGGAAAUUCGGCAAUUUUCCUCUUGCUCGCCAAGGUUCAGCAAGGUGUAUAGCAGCAUGGAACGUCUUUCCAUCCAUGAAGAGAGGAAGACUCCACCACCAACUAAGCGGAGUCUGAGCGAAGAAAAAGAUGACCGACUGGACAGCCUUGGCAGCUUGAAGAGUCGAGACCGCAGCUGGGUGAUUGGGUCUCCUGAAAU